UUAUGACAUUGACAAUGUGACAGUGACAGCUCAGAAAACUGCUAAUUCGAACAUAACCUCCUUUCCUGUUUCUCUUUGUUGUCAGAACUCAAACGUGCUUGUUCUCUCUUGAGCUAAGGCCUACGGCAACUUGCACGUUCAAAACUAAAAAUGGUGUCAAAAGCUGAAUUAGCAUGUGUUUACUCUGCUCUCAUCCUGGUUGAUGAUGAUGUUGCCGUAACUGGUGAGAAAAUUUCCACCAUCUUGAAAGCGGCGGCUGUAGAUGUAGAGCCAUAUUGGCCAGGUCUGUUCGCCAAAGCCUUGGAAGGCAUCAAUGUCCGUGACCUGAUCACCAACAUCGGCUCUGGAGUGGGUGCUGCUCCGGCCGCUGGUGGAGUGCCAGCCGCUGCUGCUGCAGCCGGCGCUCCGGCCGAGGAGAAGAAGGAAGAAAAGAAAGAGGAGGAACCCGAGGAGUCCGACGAUGACAUGGGCUUCGGUAAGCAAUCCAUACAUAUACAUGCGAUAUUCAAAGUUUAUUUUUGUUCAGAUUUAAGUAGUAAUUUAUAUUUUUAUUUUUAAAGUUUUUUUUCCUGGGUAAAACAUCUUUAAUCUAUUAAAACAAAAGUCUAUAAAAUGAAUAACAGUUUCUAGUAAACAAAUAAAAGGAGUACUUAAUUAGAAUGAUUUGUUGAAAGAUUAUUCUAAUAACAAAGACAAAUUUUAUCAUAAUAUGUAAACUUCAAUGAUGUUUGAUCAUGUAUUAGCUACUGAAUCUUUUGAUUGAAAAUUUUUUACUGAGUAUGUGGAGAAUUGUUUAGGUCUUAAUAUUUGUAGUUAACAUGUUCAUCAAUUUAAUGUUAUUUUCUGUUUCAGGUCUCUUUGACUAAGAAGCUUUAUGAAGAAAUAAAAAUAUUCCAUUUUGUCUAUUGUAAAGCUUUUAUGUUAUAAGAAACUGACUUUAUUAAAAUAAGUUAAAUAAAA